AUGUCGAACAGAAAAGCGGCGUUCCGAUUGUCUCUAAACGAGUUGAUGAAUGAGGAGGCUGAGGAUGGCACAUACAACAAACAAGAGAUCAAGAACAAGCUCUUAGCCGGGAACUUCACCCUGGCAGAGAUUGACACCAUGCUGGUGAGUUUGAUGGCCGAUAACUCAAUCUUCAUGACCGACGACACUAUUAUGCGAAUCUAAAUCGGAGGUAAUUGAGUGAGGCAACCCCCCGAUGUUAGACGUGUUUACAGUAUUAUAUUUAUCAAAGAAUGGCGCAGACCAAGUGAAUAUAAAGGUAUAUAAACGUAGAUUAAGCAUGGCAGGGUGCAAACAACCCCUUAAGAGCCUAUAUCUAGUAAAAUAUAUAAUCCUUUAUAAUAAAUAUUCUGAUUUUACGGG